UGCUACAGAACAAAAAGAAAAGAGAAGGAUAAAAUUCUCCCUUUUUUUUCAACUCAGAGAAAGAAAGAGGUCAGAGAGAGAUCGAAAAUGGCUUCCUCCAAAGAACGUGAAAACUUGGUGUACAUCGCCAGGCUUGCUGAGCAAGCUGAACGCUACGAUGAGAUGGUCGAUGCAAUGAAGAAUGUUGCAAAUCUGGAUGUUGAACUGACAGUGGAGGAGAGGAAUUUGUUAUCUGUUGGUUAUAAGAAUGUGGUAGGAUCUAGGAGAGCAUCGUGGAGAAUCUUGUCUUCCAUCGAGCAGAAGGAAGAGUCUAGAGGAAAUGAGCAGAAUGUGAAGCGGAUCCAGGGGUACCGCCAAAAAGUAGAGUCAGAGCUCACCGACAUUUGCAAUAAUAUCAUGACUGUGAUUGAUGAGCAUCUGAUUCCAUCAUGUACUUCUGGUGAAUCAACUGUGUUUUACUACAAAAUGAAAGGGGAUUAUUAUCGGUAUCUUGCAGAGUUCAAAACGGGUGAUGACAAGAAAGAGGUUUCUGAUCUGUCUUUAAAAGCAUAUGAGACAGCUACAACUACUGCAGAAGCUGAAUUACCAAUUACCCAUCCCAUUCGGUUGGGUUUGGCUUUAAAUUUCUCUGUUUUCUACUAUGAGAUAAUGAACUCCCCUGAAAGGGCAUGCCAUUUGGCUAAGCAGGUUUUUGAUGAAGCAAUAUCUGAGCUGGAUAGCCUCAAUGAGGACAACUACAAAGAUGGCACCUUAAUUCUGCAGCUUCUGAGGGACAAUCUCACCUUGUGGACAUCUGACAUUCCAGAGGAUGCAGAAGAGGCUCAAAAGGGAGAUGCUGCAAAAAAAGUGGGCGCAGGCGAGGAUGCGGAGUGAUGAACCUAACAAGCAGAACGUACGGUUAAAGGGGGCUGGUGAAACAUCUGGUGGAUUGUUUGUUAGGUGCUAAUAGAUAAUUGUAAGGCAUCAACAAAUGAAUAGAUACUUGUUUAUUGGGUGCGUCUUGCUGGAGAUUGUUUUCACAUUAAUUGGAUGAAUGCAUAUCGUUUGAUUUGCAUCCCCAUUGUCAUUUCCUUCGCGUAUAGCUAGUUUUUCAGUCUUUAAAAUGAUUGGUUUUCUCUAGGUAGUUUUAUUUUUCAGAUUACUGCCACAGCUAAAUGGUGGAUAUCAGCUGCUAUGUCUCUCAAAACCUCUAUGAUCCAUACUCAAUAUAUCCUCUUUCAUUUAGUUUA